CUGCUGCGCUUCACUCACCUGGAGGCAAACUGCUGCAGCAGGUGCUGCUGCUGCUGCUGCUGCUGCUGCAGCUCUUCCUCUGCAUGGAGGUCACAGAGCAAAGGAAAGAAGCCAGCAGGUCACCUGACCUCACCCUCUCACCCGACAGGAAUGAAACUAUGAGGAAACUGAAGCUCCUCGCCUUUCCUCAGAACUGAACUGGACCCAGCAGAACCGGUUCUGCAGAACCUGAAGCAGUGAUCUGAUGAAAACGUUUCAGUUUGUUCUGUUUUCUCUCUGAGAGGAAGAUGAAGACGACGAUGAAGACGAUGGUCCUCCUGCUCAUUUCCCAGCAUGCCCUGUGUGGGGUGGUGGAGGUCACUGUGGGGUCGCAGUCUGUCCUGCUGCCCUGUCGUUACUCUGGCAUCGUACCUGACGAGCCCGUCGUCACCUGGACCAAUGAGGACGCCGGUCCCGCCUGCGUCCACCUGAGACGGGAGCAGGACGACCUGAGGACGCAGGACGAGCGCUACCGGGGUCGGACGCGCAUGGCGCCCGGGGCGCUGGACUCCGGCGACUUCAGUUUGACCCUGAGUGACCCGCGAUCCUCUGACCAGGGUACCUACACCUGCAGCCUGAGCGGUGGGAGAGGACGCCGCACAGUAAGGGUCAGCCAGCUCAGGGUCAGAGAUGAGCAGGUGGAGGUGAAGACGGUGGAAGGAGCCGAUUCUGUGGUCCUGCCCUGCAGAAUGCUGCCCAACCUGCCCGGCGACAGCAGAGUGGAGUGGACCCGCUCAGAACCAGAACUUGUGCUGGUCCACACGCUCCAGAACACGAGCCGACCCGGAACCAGGCAGGAUGACCUUUACUGCGGCCGCACCCACAUGAAGCAGGACCUGCUGCAGAGCGGCGACCUCAGCCUGACCCUGCAGUUCCCCACCGCCAGGGACAGGGGGCGCUACGUCUGCACCGUGUACCGCGGCGAGGACAUCCUGAGGCGCGCCGUGGUACUGCAGCACGUCACAGAAGCGUUUCCCCUGCAGGCCAAAGUUCUGCUGGUUCUGCUGCUUGCUCUCUGUGUCUCUGCCGGUCUCAUCUAUUAUUUUCGACUCUACAUCCUGUCAGUCUACACGGUGAAGGUGGAGGCGGGGGCGGAGUCUGUCCUGCUGCCCUGCAGAUCCACAGUCCGUCUCCCUGAAGACGCCAAAGUGGACUGGAGGACCAGCAGCAACAUGAAGGUCCACGUGUAUCUGCAGGGCUGUGAUCGCUCAGAGGAGCAGCACCGGACUUACCGCGACCGGACCCGGAUAAACCAGGACCCGCUGAGAACCAGAGACCUCAGCCUGACACUGCAGCGCCCCCUAGACGUGGACAGUGACACCUACACCUGCAUUGUGUGCAGCAGAGAGGGACACAUUCUGCUGAAGAAGGAUGUGAAGCUUCGGGUCAGAGUCCAACAGGUGGAGGUGAAAUCAGGGGUGGAGUCUGUCCUGCUGCCCUGCAGAACCAAACAGAGUCUGGAUGGAGACGUUAAGGUGGAGUGGAAGGACAGAGACAACAGGACGGUCCAUGUGUAUCAGAACGGUUCUGAUCAGCCUGGAGAACAGAACCAGAUCUACAGAACCAGAACCAGGAUGGAUGGAAACCUGCUGAAGAAUAAAAACCUCAGUCUGACUCUGUUGUGGCCCAGUGAUGGAGACGCAGGGACGUACAGCUGCAGCGUCUCUAACAGAGACGGAGACAUGCUGAUGAUGAAGCAAGUGAAGCUUCAGAUCACUGGUCUAGAACAGGUGGAGGUGGAACCAGAGGUGGACUCUGUCCUGCUGCCCUGCAGAACCAGAAAGAGUCUGGAUGGAGACGUUAAGGUGGAGUGGAGGGACGGAUUGAACAAGACGGUCCAUGUGUAUCAGAACGGUUCUGAUCAGCCUGGAGAACAGAACCGAUCCUACAGAACCAGAACCAAGAUGGAUGAAAACCCACUGAGAACUGGAGACCUCAGUCUGACUCUGAGACGACCCACUGACGAAGACAACGACACCUACACCUGCAGCGUCUCCACGGGGGACGGAGACAUCCUGAUGAAGAAACAAGUAAAACUCCAGGUCAAAGUCUGUCAGGUGGAGGUGGAGGACGGAGCGACGUCUGUCCUGCUGCCCUUCAGAACAACACCUGACCUGCCUGCAGACGCUGCAGUGGUUUGGGGACGUAUUGAUCCAGAGCCAAAAAUGAUCGUUCACAUGUACUACAGCGGCUCUGAUCAGCCUGAUGACCAGGAUGAGCAUUUUAGUACCAGAACCAAGAUGGCUGACAACCUGCUGACGUCUGGAGACCUGAGUUUGACUCUGAGGCGUCCCACAGUGGGAGACAGUGGACAGUACGAAUCUGCAUAGAGAGUGGGCAGAUCUGGAGAAAGAAAAAGGUUCUGCUUAAAGUCAAAGGGACUGUCCCGGUCCAGGGCCAACUGGAGGACAUCAGGACCAGAAGUGGUUCUGUUGAUCCGACUCCUCUCAUGACUGAAGAAGCUGUCUGAUCGACAUAUUGAUCAUUGACUGUAAAUCCAUCUGACUUUGGAUCAGAGUGAAAUCUCAGGAUCUGGCAGGAUGAAAACUUUUUAUUUGCUCAGUCUGACUGUGCAUCUGCACUAGGUUGGUGAGGUGUGACCGCUAAUCGACCUCUGACCUCUGGUCCUCUUACUUAUUAUUUCAUGAAUAAGUAAAGGUCCAAUCCCCCAAAACAAAGUUGAUGAAAUGAAACUCAAAGGAAGAUAGACAUGAUUGAUUGGACACUGGAAAAGCAACAAAUAACAGGAAAUUGUGAUUUUCUGACCAGGAACAGACAAGAGAACAUAUUAUGUUACAAUGUAAUAAAUAUCACAAUAAAAUGUAUUUUCUUAAACGAAGCCUUGAAAUAAUUAAAGAUUAUUUAUUAAACAAAAGUUACAUGUUUAUAAUGCAGUUUAUUUGGUGUAUUUGCUUAUUUGAGAUUAUUUUAUUUAUUUAUUCUUCAAUGUAUUUCAAGCGAUUUUAGAAACUUGAUCUCCCCUCCACGCCAGCAGGUGGCGGUAUCGCACCAAGUCAUUGUGUUUAAUAAACACCAGAAGCUACCCUGCAGCUCUGUCUUUUGUUUGCUGUUGGAUGGUUUGGAGUCUGUUUGGCUCGGUGAUGGUUAAAUGAAGCGUCAUGAAGCAGUGAAGCUUCACUCGAUGCUUCAUUCAUGUCUCACCAGCGACAUCUGCUGGUGAGACUGUGACAGUCACUCAGUUGAAUCACUCUUCCUAAAAUUACAAUAUUUUCAUCAAACUCAUGUUUAGUAACAGGAGAAUAAAUGAAAUCAUUUUUAAUUCUCAUAGUUUUUAGUUAUUAAAAUGAUUUGUAGCCAAUCUAAUCCUGGUAUUUGUUGACUGUCAGUGUUUCUGUUGGGUUUCCCUUUAUGUCAUA